ACAUGUGACAGGAAUUGCGUGGAAGCUGGCGGAUCAGCUGAUCAGCUGAUUUUGGGUUUGGAGGAAAAAUCGGUGGAAAUCGCUUGAAAAAAAACAGUGAAAACAGCGCCAUGUCAUGAUAGUACAUGUAAGCUAACUUACAUCGAAGGAAGAAUCUGUGAAAAAUCAGUGAGCUUUAAAGCUUCUUACAAGCACCACAGAGCAACGAUUGACGGGGUAUUACAUCGCCAACAGUGAAAUAGUGAAUCAACACCCACACACAUUCAGCAGCAGACAAGCAGGCAUGAGAAAAAGGAAAAGGAUCAAACCGAUGAGGAAGAAGACGGCGGAAAAUGCUCCGAGGCAGCUGGAAAGAUGAAGAAAGCUUGCAAAGAAUACGGAAAAAGUGCAAGAAGAUGUCAUGAUCGUGCGGAAAAGUAAAGUGAUGCAGCUUCAUAAACUCUGGUUGGCUGGUAGAGAAUGUUGUACAGUGCACAUAGUAGAAGGGUAUUUUGUAGAGUGGAUUUUAAGAAAUUUGCACCGUGAUGAUAAAGAAGAAGAAAAAGUAAAGGAAUCAUGAGAACGAGCUGCACCAGCAGUGUUUAGUACUCACUUCAGGAAGUUUCCAGUGCAUCAGCCAGAAAAGCUAGCAGGAAGUACCUUCGCCCACCCUCCUGAAGCUAUUCCAAAGAAGAAAGAUUACCGGAGCGCAAGAAGUGUACAUGACGACCAGCUCAACUCUCCGGUGAAGCUUGCUCAACCGAAGCAAAUUGCAAUAUCCAGCCAGAAGGAAGAAGGUUUAGCUAAGUAAGUGUAAAUAGUGAAGAAUCAGGAAGAAAUUUGGGUUUCAUCGCAAGACUUUUCACUACAAUUUAUAUGAUGGUGAAGGAAGUACCGAUUACAUCGUUGACAACGUCGAGAACUGAAAAUCUUGAAAGCAACUUGAAACAGUCAAGCUGAAAUUUAGUCACACCCUUUUAGAUAGUUCUCAAGAGGAGUAGUUAAUCGAGUUUUAUACCCCAAUACAAAAAAAACCAAACCAAGUCAAACGAAAAACCAUCCCGAAAAUGACGAUGAACAACAUGGACUCGGACCACCGGGUGGUGCUGAACGUCGGUGGGAUCCGUCACGAGACGUACAAGGCCACGCUGAAGAAAAUUCCGGCCACCCGGUUGUCGCGGUUGACCGAGGCCCUGGCCAACUACGACCCCAUCCUGGACGAGUACUUCUUCGAUCGGCACCCGGGCGUGUUCGCGCAGGUGCUCAACUAUUACCGGACGGGCAAGCUGCACUAUCCGACCGACGUCUGUGGGCCGCUGUUCGAGGAGGAGCUGGAAUUUUGGGGCCUCGACUCCAACCAGGUGGAACCGUGCUGCUGGAUGACGUACACGCAGCAUCGUGACACCCAGGAGACGUUGGCCGUGCUGGAGCGGCUCGACCUGGACACGGAAAAGCCCACGGAGGAGGAGCUGGCCCGGAAGUUUGGCUACGAGGACGACUACUUCAAGGGCACCGUCUCGUGGUGGCAGCACAUGAAGCCCCAGAUUUGGUCACUCUUUGACGAACCGUACAGCUCGAAUGCGGCCAAGAUCAUCGGCGUGAUAUCGGUGUUUUUCAUCUGCGUGUCGAUUCUGUCCUUCUGCCUCAAGACCCACCCGGAUAUGCGCGUGCCGGUGCUGCGGAACAUCACCGUGCGGACUGCGAACGGCAGCGCGGCCUGGGUGCUGGACAAAACGCAAACCAACGCGCACGUGGCGUUCUUCUACAUCGAGUGCGUCUGCAACGCGUGGUUCACGCUGGAGAUUUUGGUCCGCUUCAUCUCGUCGCCGCACAAGUGCGAGUUCAUCACCUCAUCUGUGAAUAUCAUCGACUACAUCGCCACGUUGAGCUUCUACGUGGAUCUGAUUCUGCAGCGGUUCGCGUCCCACCUGGAGAACGCCGACAUCCUGGAGUUUUUCUCCAUCAUCCGCAUCAUGCGGUUGUUCAAGCUGACGCGACACUCGUCCGGGCUGAAGAUCCUCAUCCAGACGUUUCGCGCCUCGGCCAAGGAGUUGACCCUGUUGGUGUUCUUCCUGGUGCUCGGCAUCGUGAUAUUCGCCAGCUUGGUGUACUACGCCGAGCGAAUCCAGGCGAAUCCGCACAACGACUUCAACAGCAUCCCGUUGGGGCUGUGGUGGGCCCUGGUCACGAUGACCACCGUGGGGUACGGCGACAUGGCACCGAAGACCUACAUCGGGAUGUUUGUCGGGGCGUUGUGCGCGUUGGCCGGCGUACUGACGAUUGCCCUGCCCGUGCCGGUCAUCGUGAGCAACUUUGCCAUGUACUACUCGCACACCCAGGCCCGGGCCAAACUGCCCAAGAAGCGCCGGCGAGUGCUGCCCGUGGAACAGUUACGAGCCCCCCGAGUGGCAGGUCAACCCCCGGGUAUGCCCGGUUCCGGCCCGAUGGCCCGCCGGAUGAACCAACCCAAAACAAAGGACCUCGGGCCAAAGAUAGGUCCUAUCGGCGCCAGCAUCGUGGCUAUGUGCCCGAAAAACGUCGGUCUGCACACCAACCCGGCGCUGGCCAUGUGCAAACCCACGUUCGAGGUGCGUCCACCAACGGUGACCUCAACGGCGGCCACCAGCGUUCCGGGACCUACUCCGGCACCACCGGCACUGAUACCGCGGGCCGCAACGACGCCGGUGUCCAACACCACGACAUCUAUCGUCAAAAUUAUCAACCAAAACAACAACAACAACAAUAGCAGCAUAGCAAACGCCAACAACGCACUACCGGCGGCUGUCAGCGCAAAUGGUAACGCUAACGGUAACGCUAAUGGCGUUAGCGUAAGUGGCGUCGCGAACGCAAAUAACACCAAAUGAAGAAAACUUUCACUAUUUCUUAGGAGAUUUGUUCUUGCUUUGAAAUGGAUGUGUAAAUUUUUAAAAGCUCCGCUUUGUACAUUCUUCAAACUAUGGGAUACUAGCUAGCUUUCUGUACAUAUUAUAGAAUCCAACAAGUUGUAAAUAUUUUCGAGUAAUCUCUAGCUUUUAAAACUAGUCGUUGGACGCAGAUUUUAACAAGUGGUAGUCUUUUUUUAAACGCAUCAGUGGUUCAUAAUUCAUCAGUAUUGAUAGCUUUUAUAUAGUUAACUUCUUGAUUGAGUAAGAAAUUUGAACAAAAAAAAAUCUUAUGAAAGCUCAAUUAAAACUACAAAAUUAUUUAAGUCCACAGGAUUAGAGUGCAGAGCAAGUUUGCAGGAACAAAAACAAAAAAAUACUCGCUUUUAAAGAGUACAAACUUCUUUUACCCUCCCAAAGCCAGGUUUCCAAUUUCUAGCUAAAAUUACUCAACUUUCUCAAGUACGGGUCACGAGCAUUCGCAGGUAUGGUGGCAGGUUGCAACUAAGAAACGGACCAACAAAUCUAAAAAUUUCGCUUACAAAAAAAACACUUUUAUUCUAAUGCGUGCAGCGAUUGGCCAAAACAAGCAAAAAUAAAUAUUUUAUGUUGUUAGUAGACUUAUGUUAACGAAAAAAAAAAACAAAACCCAUUUUCAAAUCGAAAGAAAAAGCAUUCAAUGUGAUAAAAGUAGGAUUACUGAGCAGCGAUAACCGGCAGCGAAGAACGGCAAAGUCACUAAGCUGAAAUAAAAC